UCCCUCUCCCUCUCCCGCUCUCUCGUAGAACCCACACUCCUCUCUCUCUCUGGAAAGUUUGCGUUUGCAGAGAAGAACCGAGUCUAAUCAGGAUGUCAAGAAAGCCAUCGGACUUCGAGAUGGUAACAGGAUCGCCGGCCCUGGGCUCUGCCUACUACAUACCGCAGGGACACGCCCAGUAUUGUAAUACUUCGGAGGAUACAGUGUCAGUGUGUCGUUACAUGCCUCCUUACCUCUGCAACGUAGCAUAUAAGAACUGUUUUGGAGACAAUACCACUGACGAACUCUUCACAACGGUCUGCCUCAGUCCUUGUACAACACAUCAAAACAAUUUUACUGACCACUCUCCUCAUGGUUUCUUCCGACUGUCCAAGCUUCUUGAGCCACCACACUUGACAGAGAUGUGUUUUCCAGCUGCGUUGGUCCCACCCCGUUCAGACAUACUUAGGCUGUCAGAUGUUGAGAGGAAAGAGUGGCAGAUGAAGCUUGUGUUUGAUGUUGAGACUGGAGAGUACACGGUAGGAGAGGAAUGGGCUUCCUUUGUUCGAGCAAAAGAUCUGAGGGCAGGAGAUACGGUUGUGUUUGUGAGUGUAUUGGGAUCGGCUAUCACACUCUUUGCGACAUCAAGAGCUCAUUCCCAGAGCAAGGUGCGCCACAGCAUCAACCUCGAUGCCUUUUCCAAGGCCAUAGGCGGUCUAAUGCAGUCAAAGCCUGUGGAGUUAACCUACUCCCCAAUGGAUCCACAUUCAGACUUCUUGGUCUCUCCAAGGGUUUAUCGUGACAGUCUUCUCGUGGUCUGGAUGCGCGGUAUGAGAGUGAAGAAGGUGCGAGAAUAUGAUGACGACCACCAUGUAGGGACAAUCACUUCCACCACCUUCGGCAACAGUGAUGUGCAUGGCGUGAUGAGAAGUCUCUGGCGCUGUCAUACAGUUGUUUGGGAUGCGCCUUACGGGUUUGACAGGAUACACUUCUCUCCUUGGGAACUUACUCCAUCUCAGGAGCAGCCACAGCGACAGCCCCAACCACCACGCACCCUUCACCUCUUUCCCUGAUAUGACUGCCACUUAAAGAGAAAAAAGAAAAGCAUCAUAGGUUGUGCACAAGUCGUGAAGCAGAGAAGAAGAAGACUAGUUAGUAGUUACAGUUUACAAAGCUUUUACUUGAUAAUAACAAUACAUAGACAUAUUGUGAGUGGGCCUACAGUAUAUAAAGGACCCAUAUAACAUUUUAGUAAACAGCUUUUUUUAGGACUUUUAUUGUCUGGGAGAUUCAAGUGGGGGACUGAGUUUGUUUCAUUGGUUAUCGAUAAUACAACACUGACAUCUAAAGUAGUAGAGAUAUACAUACCUGGCUAGUAACAGCCUUGGACAUCCUUGGGACUUCCUUCUUCAGGAUAGACUUGUUUACAGACACCUUAGGCUUCUUCUUCUUCUUGGUCUUUGGUCCAAUACCAAAAAUGUAUAUGCUUUUAAGCUUACCGUAUAUGUUAAAUAAACGGAUUACAAUGAUUAGGUAAAUAGACACCAUAUGCAAUCACGUUAUAACAAAUAGAAAAAAAAAAUAAUAUAAACAACCUAUUAACACAAUAACUUAGUAUACAAACUAUCUUAAACUGAAUAUCAUCUAUAAAUUUUUUAUAUAAACAGUAGCACUAAAGUAUAUUUUAAAAAAACAGUAUACAUUUGAUAAAGAUAUAUAUAUUUGAGAAAAAAAUAAAGUGAACUUUUAAAUAGCGUAAAAGAUAAUAAUCAAACCAAUUUUUUUAUUUAUUUAGCUCAAAAAAUUAAAACAAAAACAUUGGGUUUCUUUUCGCCUUUUUGUUUCCCGGGUGCGUAGGCCCGGUCAGCAAGUAAAAUUUCCUGCUUUUUGGUAUUUGUUCAACACAAAACCAAGUCUGAAUAUUCUUAGGUAUGGCCCGUAUGGCUAUAAAUCAAAACUAAAUUAAAUAGCGUUACAAGAUAAUAUUUGGUUUCUUUUAAGUUAUAGGCACGCUUUAAAAAUCUGGACCGACGGUCUAACCACAUUAAAGUGUGAACUGAAAACAUAUUUGGGUUGAGUAAAUAACAAAAUCCAAAGACAAUUAAUUAGGUAAAAACCCAUCAAGUCUCCAAAAACAAAUUCGUAAACCAUUGGACCAAGAGUACAAAUAAACUGGAGUUCUCAUAUGGUGAACAUGGACUUGCCAUUGAGCGCAAGAUGUAGCAAAAUUGGCUGUUUACAUUUUGUUAAGGUGUUUAUAAUUGUUUUAGUGGGGACGCUUGUAUAUCUUUUGACAAUGAAUUUGGGCUUUAGGCCAGUGUUUGAAGCGAGUAUACCCAUUCUAGUUAGUCUAUAUGAAUGUACGUUUAUGAUCUUCCGUGCUAGUCACGCCAAAAAGAAUAAUGUCAUAAAGGCUGCUAUGAAAUCUUCUUUAUAAAAAGGUUGUUGCACUGUAGUAGAAAGUAACUCUUUAACGCUAACAAUUUAUGGGUCUAGGGGUUUGAUUGUGGGAGUAACGUAAAAUCUCGCCGACUUUGGACGCAUAUUAUUUUGUUGGAAACCUUCAACAAUGCAAACCGGAAAGAGAUUUUCUAGAAACUGAACACAGAAGGAAUAGCAAAGUAAAUAGUAUUGACAAAGAAAAAAAAAGCAAACUUAAUCGCAAGUAGUUCAUCAGAGUGCAGGCUAUAAGACAUAAGAUGUGAGCUUGAAAGUUUGUCAAUUUAGGCAUAUUUCGUAUCAAGUUUGGAAAUUUGGAGAGGAAGGUAACAAAUAUAUUUUCGACAUGCUACAUGACAGAUCUAUGCUAUAUCAAAAAUCUUGCGACAUACAUAUCUAACAACCAGUAAGUAAAUAACUAUAAAUGUGCUCUUGAAUUCUCCAUUAAAAAAUAUGUUUAUCGAGGGAAAUGGUUAUUAUCCAAGCAUAUAUAACAUGUGAUGUUUUACUUUCCAGACCAAUUUUGCACAAGUAUGCAAAAUGAAGAUGUGACACUCGGGUCAUGGUUCCUCGGUCUUGGGUUGAGCAUAUAGAUGAUCAUAAUUUCUGUUGUGGUACUCCUCCGGGUAAAAAGCUACAUAUUUUUAUAAUAUGCUUCAGAAGUUAGGAAAGGAAGAUUUGAGCUUUUUUUCUCAUCUUGUUACUCUCUCUUUCCCAAAGUUUGUGAAAUAAAGGCUGAGGUUGGAGAAGUGUGUGUGGCGUCAUUCGACUGGAAGUGCAGUGGGGUAUGCAAAUCAGUUGAAAGAAUGUGGAUGGUUCAUGCCAUGUGUGGAGAAGGUGACCAAGCUGUGUGGGAUGCAAAUUUGUAACUUUUUUAGAUAAGAAAAAGAGACAAGAGGAGAUGAACAUUUUGUUUGUAAAGAACCAAAAGGAAUACAAAUUUGCUUACUGUAAAAUAAGCUAGUCGGUCUGGUUGACCCAUGAUAAAAAAUGGCUUUGAUUACAAGUCUUGCUUUCAAAAA